UAGUCUGCGACAACAAGCUGGCUAGGGCGAGCACCCGCCGCUCUCGCUCUGACCCUGCCCUCUGCCGCCCCCCACACCUGCCCCGUGCCACCGUGAGCGUCCUGGGUCCCCGCACCGCCCCUCCUGACUCGCGCCCGGUUCCUCCAGUGUUCUCGCCACCCUGCUCCCUUCCCUCUCCCUCUCUCCUCACUUCCCAUCCUUCUCUCCCCCCUCCUUGCCGUCAGAUAUAACCACCACCAUCACCACCCUCAACCACCACCACUGUUACUCAACCAGAUCUCAUCACCGACACACACACACAAACACACAAAAAUUCUCCGCAAACACACACAAACACUCGCCUUUCCCACCUCUUUCCCAACUGGUCAAGGACGAGGAGACCCGAGCAAGUUUUGUAGGACGUGACACAGCAAGCGCGUCACCCAAUCAAGUUUUCGAGUUUCAUUGCCGAGACGUGAGUGGGGAAGUUGCAUCAAGCGAGAACCAUAAUCCUCGAAGCCUCAAGUAGUGUGGAGCUGUUAUACUUCUGAAGGAGGAGGAGGAGCCAAACGCAGGAGUAGGAAAGGAUAGAGGAUGAGAUACUGUUAGGAUACGUUCUGACUACCUGGGUGUUUGUGAGAAGUGUGUCUGUGUGUAUGUGUGUGUCUAGUGUGGUUUUGAUGGUUUAGUAAGUGUUUUGUGUGGUAAUUUCUCUUUCUGAAGUGUAUAUAUGUGUUGUUUUGUAACAUUGCAGUGUCUUGUGCAGCGUGUUGGUGUGUUUCUGAGUAUUAGACAGUAAGACAGUAGGAGAAUAGUAGAACAUAGGGUUUACGUGUGUGUGUGUGUGUGUGUGUGUGUGUGUUUGUGUGUGUGUCGUGUGGGCGGGUGGGUGGAUGGGUGAUCAGUGACAAGAAGACCGUAAUGAACUAAAACAAAAACGUCAAAAAAACGUCAUUAACCAGUCAUUUCAAAAGCACAGGGCGUCACUCACUCUAUCUAUUCCUUGCUACGCCUCCCACACACGCCCUCCAUCCCCUGUCCCCUCCACGCAUAGAGGGAGAAAUUAUACAAAGGCAGAAAACCAUUUAAAUAUUUACAAACCACACCAGUAUUACACUCCAUCACCACCACCAGCAUCACCACCAUUCACCACCAUCACCACACGACUAGACCAACUCCCCUCACCCGCCAGACCACCACAACCCAAUCAUCACUUCCUUCUACCACACCGUCUCCUCCUCCCACCACCCUUCCCUUCCCGCACCCUCCUCUUCCUCCUCCACCUCCACCACCACCACCGCCGCUACCAUGAACACCCCAACAGCCUUCCCGGUCAAUGAGAGGACCUACAUACUGGAGAACACGGGCCCGCCAACACUGCAGCCACCUCAGCAGCCUCCGCCACAGCUCGCCACCCCGGACGCGCCCCCGAAGAUCCCCCCGGGGCUGGCUGGCUAUGAAGGGGACGAAGAUCCGAAGAAGGAGAAGAGCUCCAUCUCCUUCACCUCCUUCAACUACAUCAACUCUAUCGUGGGCAGCGGCGUCAUAGGCAUGCCGUACGCUAUCCACCAGUCAGGCGUGGCAAUGGGCCUGAUCAUCCUGGUGGUGGUGGCGGUGGUGACUGAUGCCGCCCUCUGCCUCAUGAUUGCCGCCGCCCGCACCGCCGAGGUCAGCACGUACCAGGAGCUCGUGCGGGCGUCCUUCGGCAGACCUGGCUUCGUGGUCGCCACCUGCCUGCAGUUCCUCUACCCCUUCAUCUCCCUGAUCAGCUACAACAUCAUCGUCGGCGACACGCUACGCAUCGUCCUCAUACGGCUCACGGGCCUGUCCAGCGAGUCUGUCCUGGCGCAAAGAACCUUCAUCAUGGCCACCUCCACUCUCCUCAUCACCCUGCCCCUCUCUCUGUACAGGAACAUCACACACCUGUGCAAGAUGUCACUGGCCUCCGUGGUGAUGAUCGCCGCUAUUGCCUUGGCCAUGGUCGUGCGCUUCACCACCAUGUUUGAUCUGGUCCCCGCCUCGGACGACGCCUGGGAAGUGGCCAAGGACACUUUCCCCACCACCAUUGGCAUCAUGAGUUUCGCCUUCAUGUGUCACCACUCCAGCUUCCUCGUGUUUGAAUCCCUCGCUGACAACACACAGGAGCGAUGGAACAGGGUGACGCACAUCUCCAUCGCUGCUGCGGGCGUCCUCAGCCUCAUCUUCGGCAUGGCGGGCUACCUCACCUUCACCGGAUACGUGCAGGGCGACAUGUUUGAGAACUACUGCUGGGAUGACGACCUGAUGAACUUGUGCCGUGGGGUGUACGCCUUCACCAUCCUGCUGACCUACCCCAUCGAGUGCUUCGUGGCGCGCGACGUGCUCGAGACAGCCUUCUUCCGCGACUACCAGCCUCAACCCUUCUUCAGACACGCCGUCCUCUCAGUGAUCAUCGCCAUCCUGUGCAUGCUGCUCUCCUUCACCACAGACUGCCUCGGCAUCAUCCUAGAGCUGAACGGCAUCAUCUGCGCCAUACCGCUGGCGUUCAUCCUGCCCUCGCUGUCCUACAUCCGGGUGGAGGAAGGGCCGCUGCUCACCGGCACCAAGAAGUGGGCGUGGGCCGUGGCGGUGUUCGGCAUCGUGUGCUUCAUCGCGGGCAUUGUGUCGCUCAUUAUCAACUUCGAUACACUGUCCCAGUGUUCCCACGGCGAGGAGAUGUCCUACUGCUACCCCGCCCUCAACUCCACGCAGUGAGCCGCCCCGCCCCUCAACCCCGCCCCCGAUGACCCGCCGCUACUCCGCAGCCAUCAUAACACGUUCAGGAGCCUGUCACAGUCUUGCCUUGGUGAAGAGUUUGUACGAGGGACGCGUGGCGGACGAAAAGAGUUAGGAUGUAAACACUGUUGUUGUCGUCAGGUGGCACUCGAGGGCCGUGUUCUCAAACGUUUGGGCGUCUUGUCUGACCACUUUUCAACAAGCUCUCCUGAAGUUAUUGGGAUGUUCAGGUUGUCAUGAUUCUAGGGACAGUUUAGCAAGCAUUCAUUACCUAAAUAAGAAAAAAUAGUGAGAGCCUUGUGUUUUCAACUUGAAAAAAAAUAGUCGAAAUAUGAGAAAGAGAACAAAGCGUUUCUGAACACGAGCCCAGGUGUGUUGGUGUUGCUGGACACGUGACCCACAGGUGUGAGUCCCUAAACAAGAAUGCUGCUUCGCUACACCUACACCUACACCUCCUCUUUCAUAACCUAAGAGUUCUAGGUGAAGUGUUCAAUAGGUUAAAAAUAAUAUAUAAAACAAUGCCCUGUUACUGCCGCUCCGUUUGUAAAAGAGUUAACCGCGAUUUUUAAGUUUUUUUUGUGGAGGACGAUGUGCAAGUCUUUAUAAAGUGUCGUGGGUGUGCGAGACGGAGCAGUAACCUUGCAUCAUCUGGGAGUGUCUGGGUGUGUCUGGGUGAAGGCUGUGUCUAAUUAUAACAUAAAACUCCUGCACACGUAGAAUAGGCGGCUUUCACCCAAAAUUAUAGUGACGUCUAGUUGCUUUUAUAUAACAUCCGUUGGCGAGUGAGCGAGUAAGCAAACUUUACAUAUGGGAACUUGUCGCGGCGCUCAAGCAUGACUGGAGGGGAAGGGAAUGACACCACCUGCUUCAUAGGAUCUCCUUCUGCCCCUCCUACAGGAUACCAGAGCUGCCAAUAUGCAUGACCAAGCGACAAAGGGAGUGAGGCGUAGGAUGCAUAGCCAGGAGGGAAAGGAAUGAUACUGUCAGCUUUAUAGGGACUCUUCAGCCUCUCCUACAGGAUAUUCUUCUCCUACAGGAUACCAAAACUGCCUGUAGGAAGCAUCUAGAGAUAAAAGGAGACUAUGAGAGUGAGGCGUAGGAUGCUUAGCUGAGAGGGGAAGGAAUGACACUGUUUACUCUAUAGGGAGUCCUUCAGCCCCUCCUACAGGAUGCCAGAGUUUGUAGGAUUCAUGUAGCGACAAAGGGAGUGAGGCGCGGGAUGUGUAGGUGUGACGUGGUCUUCCUAAAGCAACAUACGUUUACAUACUUACUUAUCAUUGUCUGUGAGUCAUGCAUAACAUAGCACUCGUUUUAUGAUGUCUCGUACAAGUAAAUAUACACUUUUAUCGCUUCAACUUUAUCAGUGAUCUCUCGUCAAUAACGUACCUACUAACUCAUUUAUUAAGCUGGUCCUCCUCCUUCUCCUCCUCCUCCUCCUCCUCAACCCUCAACUCCUUCCUUCCCUACCCGUCCUAUAUGAAAGCAGUCACACACACACACACACACACACACACACACACACACACACACACACACACACACACACACAUCUACUUAUCAACUAAUUUGUUACAAUACUACCCAGAACCACUGCCUUUCAAAAUAACGACACUGCUUGUAAUAUUCAACUGUCACGUAACACUCUACUUCUUGCGACAUACUUAAGGGGACACUGUCUAUCCCUCUAUUGAUCUCUCGUGGAUAUGAGCUCUCAAUACCUGUCAUUUUGCAUCUUCUGGUAUCCCGUGCCUCAUUUCUUUGCUUCUCCUUUCUAGCUCUACAUCCCAAAUUUCCUUCCUCCUCCCUCCGUGUCUCUUCUUUCAAACUCUGCCUCUCUUUUCCUUGUCUCAUUUCCUUGCUUCUCCUUCUAGCCGCCCAGAUCUCCUCAUUCCUCUCGGUCUCUCAUUCCUAACCCUACCUCUAAGUAUUCCCUGCCUCACUCUCCUGCUUCUAACUCUACCUCACAGAUCUCUUCAUCUCUCCCUGCCGCUUAUUUCAAACCCUGCCUUACUUUGUAUCUUCUUUCAAAUCCUACCCCUUUCCUUCCUUAUCUUUACCUGUCUCUGAUCUUUAACUCAGUCUUUGUAUCCUGUCUCACUUCUCUACUUCCUUCUAGUCCACCAGAUCUCUUUCCUUAUCCCUUCUUGUCUAUCUUGUCUAUCCUCUUUGUAUCCCUUGCCUCAUUUCUCUGCUUCCCCUUAUGGCCUCCUCAUCCCUCUCUACCUCUCAUUUCAAGCCUUAACUCUCCCUGACUCACUUCUCCACAC